AUGAAGAAACAGGAGCUUUGUAGGCUGGAGGUUGUUGGCUCGACUUCUAAAGGUGGAGGAUUUCCACGACCGUGUCCACCUGGGCCUCCGGGUAAACGGGGAAAACGAGGCAAGAAGGGAGACACGGGGGAACCUGGAACUGUGGGUCCCAUCGGCCCUCCAGGGAAGAACGGUUUUCCGGGUGUCAGAGGUGAGAGAGGGGAUCGAGGUCCAAUGGGUCAGAAAGGCGCGCGGGGAUACCCGGGCUUUCCGGGACCAAUAGGUUUGGAUGGGCCCAAGGGAGAUCCGGGCAGACCAGGUGAUAAAGGUCAGAAAGGAGAACUUGGAAGCCCUGGUUUUGAUGUAUUCUCUGCAGUGAAGGGUUUAAAGCGAUCUGUAACCACCUUAAGAGGGGGUACAUUAGGCUAUGCAGAAAUAGUAGCUGUCAAGGGUCUCCAAGAACUUGGGCAUAAUAUAUCAGCUCAACAGAUAAUUACCCUGAAAGGUGAGCCUGGUGAGCCAGGACCUCCAGGUCCUCCGGGCCCACAGGGGCCAGAAGGUCUACCUGGCCAUGAUGGACGGCAAGGGAUCCCAGGUGAACCUGGACCUCCAGGAGAGAGAGGUCCACAAGGGCCGAUUGGACCAAUUGGGCCUGUAGGAAUACCAGGAGUAACAGGGCCAAAGGGAGAAAAAGGAGGUUUUGGGAUGAUGGGACCUCCAGGAAUGGCAGGAUAUCCAGGAGUUAAAGGUGACAAGGGAGACAAGGGAGAGCGAGGAUUAACGACGACUCUGAACGGUGACCAAUUCCCUACUGGAAUUAUUGAAGGUCCCCCUGGGCCUCCUGGGCCCCCAGGACCUGAAGGCCAGAGGGGUGAGAAGGGAGAAAUGGGUCCAACUGGUCCACCGGGGCUACCCGGAGAGAAAGGUGCCCGAGGCAAGCGGGGGAAGAGGGGGAGGAAGGGCUUGUCAGGCGAAGCCGUAGAACGUGGUUUGCCAGGGCUGCCGGGCCCCAAGGGUGAGCCAGGAGAAGGUGGACCGAAGGGUGAAAAGGGUGAAAAGGGAGAGUUGGGCAUUGCAGGAGGUAAAGGAGACCCUGGACCGAGAGGACCUCCUGGUGAGGAUGGACAGAAUGGGGAAACUGGACCUCAAGGACCUCCUGGGUUGCCUGGACAUGCAGGACCUAAAGGUGAAAAAGGAGAAUAUGGAGAUAUAGGACCACCUGGCCUUAUGGGUCCUCCAGGGCUGCCAGGGCCUCCUGGUUAUCCUGGACAAAAAGGAGAAAAGGGUGAAAAAGGAGAAUCUAAAUACAAGAAACUUCGAAGACGUCAGGGAGACGGAACAUUUGAAGGAAGUGGAGGUGAAUUUAUUGUUGGCCCCCCUGGUCCACCUGGCCCACCGGGUACAGCAGGACUGCAAGGCCCUCCUGGCAUUAAAGGGGACAAAGGAAUGGAUGGUACCAAAGGAGAGCCUGGUGAAAAGGGAGCCAAAGGAGAUCCUGGACCUAUGGGGUUGCCAGGCCCAAUGGGUCUUCGAGGAGAACCUGGGCGGGCAGGGGAUUUGGGCAAGAUGGGCGCUAUGGGACCACCUGGUCUUGAUGGAAUGAAGGGUGCGCAAGGAGAACCAGGAAGCAAAGGAGAACGGGGAGACCCAGGCCUUCCCGUAUGUAUGAGAAAGGAUAGCACUUAUCUCUUGCCUUCAUUGUUGAUUAACAGUGUAGAACUUGCAAAUUUUAACCCUUAUGUUAACAUUAAUAACCCUUUAACAGAAUUUGGGACUGAUGGAAUUCCUGGUGCAGAGGGUCCAAAAGGAGAAAAAGGAGCCAAAGGAGAAGCUGGCCCCAUUGGUAAAAGAGGUCGAAAAGGAGACAAAGGAGAUAAAGGUGACCAAGGAGUACCAGGCUUGGAUGCUCCAUGUCCACUUGGUCCAGAUGGACUACCACUUCCUGGAUGUGGAUGGAGACCUCCAAAGGAGUAUUCCCCUGCUCUCACUACAAUGUCAACCCCUCCCCAGUACUUCCCUGCUACUCCCGAUGCACCCUCAGAAAGUGAUUAUGAUGAGGCUGAAGAAGAAUAUGAGGAAUAUACAGACCCAACUAACUACCAUGCGACAAGUGGUGAAUAUGGAGUGUAUGUCACUCCUAGG